CAAAGAAUUAGGGUUUUACACAUUUAAAAAGGCGAAACAAAACGAAGCAGAAGAUCCACUCAGAGGUAGGGCGCGAGAGCGGAGCGGAGGAGAAGGAGAAAGCGGCACCACCGCCGUAGAAGAAGACAAGAGCCAUGGUCCACGUGUCCUUCUACAGAAACUAUGGGAAAACAUUCAAGAAGCCUCGUCGUCCGUACGAGAAGGAGCGUCUUGACGCGGAGCUGAAGCUUGUCGGAGAGUACGGGCUCCGGUGCAAGCGAGAGCUGUGGAGGGUACAGUACGCCCUCAGCCGCAUCCGCAACAACGCCAGGAACCUUCUGACACUCGACGAGAAGAACCCUCGCAGGAUCUUCGAGGGCGAGGCUCUGCUUCGCAGGAUGUUCCGCUACGGUCUCCUCGACGAGACCCAGAACAAGCUCGAUUACGUUCUCGCUCUCACCGUCGAGAACUUCCUCGAGCGCCGCCUCCAAACCCUUGUUUUCAAGUCCGGCAUGGCCAAGUCCAUUCACCACGCUAGGGUUCUCAUCAGGCAGAGGCAUAUCAGGGUUGGUAGGCAAGUGGUGAACAUUCCAUCUUUCAUGGUGAGGGUUGACUCUCAGAAGCACAUUGACUUCUCGCUUACUAGUCCUCUUGGUGGUGGACGCCCCGGAAGAGUGAAGAGAAAGAACCAAAGGGCUGCUGCUAAGAAGGCUGCCGGUGGUGAUGGGGAUGAGGAAGAUGAGGAUUAGACUGUUAAUUUUGUCUUUCUCUAGUGGUAUUAGACCUUGUGCCACCUUUUACCUUGCUUCCCUAGUUUAUGCUUAUUGAUUGUUAUACUUUUUCCGUUCUUGGUUCCUUGUUUGAGAAUAUAAUUUGCGUGAUAUAUUAUGUUUUUUGAACUUAAAUAUUUUAAAGUAUCAAGAUUUUCCCUUAAUAACUUUGGUGGUGAUUGA